AAGCGCCGAGAAAGAUGGCGGCAGCUGCGGUUUGAAUUCUAGCGGCGCCGGUAGACAGAACAAGAGCUGCCUUGGAGGGGCGGGACCUGGGGAACUGAGUGCGUCGUGACUGCCUGGGGCACCAGGGCCAUCACCUUUGCAGACACCGGUGCCAACACCAUCUCUGUGUUCCGGACGGACUCGGUGAUGGAAGAGGACGCCACUCUGCCAGGAACCCUCAGCGGCUGCAGUGGCCUUUUUCCUGUUCUGCCAAGUGAUCUGGAUGUCAUCAGUGAUGCUGCUGGCUUGGGAAAUGGAGUGCUACCAAAUGUGUCAGAAGAAAAGGUCUCUCCUUCCAGAGCACGGAACAUGAAGGACUUUGAAAACCAAAUCACAGAGUUGAAGAAGGAGAACUUCAAUCUAAAGCUCCGUAUCUAUUUCCUUGAGGAGAGGAUGCAGCAGGAGUUUGCUGGCCCCACGGAGCACAUCUGCAAGACGAAAGUUGCAAGAAGAAUUUGGCUUUCUAGAGCUGCCAUGAAUCCAAACAGUACAAAGAACAUUGAACUCAAGGUGGAAGUGGAAAGUCUGAAGCGAGAGCUCCAGGAGAGAGAUCAGUUGCUCCUCAAAGCCUCCAAAGCAGUGGAGAGCCUAGCAGGAGGGGGUGGUUCCGAAGUCCAGCGGGUGGAGGAAGAUGCUCGGAAGAAGGUGCAACAGGUGGAAGAUCUCCUAACUAAAAGGAUACACCUUCUAGAAGAAGAUGUGAAAGCUGCCCAAGCAGAACUGGAGAAGGCCUUUGCGGGAACAGAAACAGAGAAAGCUCUUCGGCUCAGCUUAGAAAACAAGCUGUCAGCAAUGAAGAAGAUGCAGAAGGGGGACCUGGAGAUGACCCUGGCUCUGGAAGAGAAGGACAGACUGAUUGAGGAGUUGAAGCUGUCUUUGAAGAGCAAAGAAGCUUUAAUUCAGUGCCUUAAAGAGGAGAAAUCUCAGAUGGCAUCUCCUGACGCAAACGUGUCAUCUGGAGAACUCCGAGGACUUUCUGCCACUCUGAGGGAAGAAAAGGAGAGAGAUGGUGAGGCUGCACAUAGGGAACUGCAGAAGGAGAGAAAUCACUUUGAAGAGAGGAUCCAGGCACUUCAGGAGGACCUGAGAGAGAAGGAAAGAGAAAUUGCUACCGAGAAGAAAAAUAGCUUAAAGAGGGAUAAAGCCAUCCAGGGCCUAACCAUGGCAUUAAAAUCAAAGGAAAAAGAGGUUGAAGAACUUAACUCUGAAAUCAAAGAGCUCACUGCUGUCUUCACCAACACCAGAGAGAUUCCCUCAAAAACCCAGGGGUCUGAGGACUAUGAGGCUGCCUUGGCAGAAAAGGAAGCCCUUUUGCCCAAGCUGCACUCGGAAAACCUCACAAAGAGCACUGAGAACCAUCAGCUGCUCAGGAAUGUUCAAAAGGUUACCCAGGAGUUGAGUGAAAUGAAGAAGGAGAAGCUGAGACUGGAGAGGGACCUGGAAGAAGCCCACCGAGAGGGGAGCAGAGGAGCCCAAACCAUCCAUGACCUUAGAAAUGAAGUUGAGAAACUACGCAAUGAAAUGAAUGAGAGAGAGAAGGCAGUGGAGAAGCAUUAUGAGAAUCUUCUGGGAGAAAGCAAUAGAAAGUUCCAUACUCAAGAACAAGUGGUUAGACAUCCAACAGAAAGUACUAGUCAGGAGGACCUGAUACUUCAGAAAUCCAAUGAAAAAGAUUUGGAAGCAAUACAGCAGAACUGUUAUUUAAUAACUGCAGAGGAGCUCAAGUUUGGGAGCAAUGGCUUAAUAACAGAAAAGUAUUCGCAGCAGUCACCAGGCAGCAAACUCAUCUUCUCCAAGGAAAAGCAACAAUCAGACUAUGAAGAGCUGACUGGGAACUUAAAGACAGACAGGAGCAUCUAUACCCAUUUGGCAAAGACUUUGCAGGACACAGACAGUGUCAGUGAACUGCAGGCUGAGCUGAAAGAGGUUCUUGCCCUGAGGAAGCAGCUGGAACAGGAUGUGCUUGCCUAUCGGAAUCUGCAGAAGGCCCUGCAGGAGCAGCUAUGUGAAAUUCGGAGGCGGGAAGAAGAACCGUUUUCAUUUUAUAGUGAUCAAACAUCAUAUCUAAGUAUUUGCCUUGAAGAGCACAAUCAGUUUCAAGUGGAGCAUUUUUCUCAAGAAGAACUCAAGAAAAAGGUCAGUGACCUCAUACAGCUUGUGAAGGACCUACACACAGACAACCAGCACCUGAAGAAAACAAUUUUUGAUCUCUCUUCCAUGUGUUUUCAGGGAAAUGACAGACUUGAGUCAACAAAACAAGCAGAGAUCAUGGAAGACUAUGCUGAGGAUGGUUGCAAAGAUGGAUAUUUAAGGCACAUGGAGUCACAUCUUUUAGACCAUGGGGCCCACACAUCCAGCAUCCCUGGAGGCCAGAGCCUACAAGAUGAGCUCCAGGGCCUGCUUGCCACUUUCUCCUGCAAGAGGGCCACACCGUUGCUGGAAUCCAGGCCGGAUCUUCUGAAAGCACUUGGUGCCCUGCUUUUGGAACGAAUAUGCUUGGAGGAGCAGGGCCUUCCUGGAGACCACCUUGAUAGUAAAGCUGAGAAAGUGCUUCAGCAAGUAACUGUUCAGUUGAGAGAUGAACUUGGCCCUUCCUUCCCAGCCAAUUCAUUCUCCAAGUCACGCAAUGAACUCAAGUCAAUGUGGAGGACAGGUGACGAAGGCAAGGUGGGCCUGAAGAAUGCCUCAGUGCAGACCAUCACCAUUGAGGAUACCCCUCAUGGAUUCAAAUCUCUAAGAGAAGCUUGGGUAGAGAAAUCAAAAGAAGCCAUUUUCAGUACUGAGCCUGGGUCAGGGGCCUUGGGUGAGAUGCCAGGGCUACGGACCACUCCCCUUUCAUUCCCCAGUGCCAUCAACAAGGAUGCUGAGAAGACAGGCCUGCUCUUCCAAGUAAAGACAUCUGAGUUACUGGAAAAUACGUAUGAUCUUCCUGUCUCCCCGGAGGUAGUGGCUCAACUCCGGAGCCAGGUUCUAGAGCUGCAGAGGGAGCUGAAAGAAUUUAAAACCCGCAACAAACAACUCCAUGACAAGCUAAUUCUGGCAGAGGCAAUAAUGGAGGGGAUGGCAGUACCCAACCCUACACUGGUGAAUGGACUACCUUUCUUUGCACUCCGUUGGAAGGAUGGGGUUGCCUUGCAACAGGUGCCUGCAGCUCAGUCUGCUUUGAGAACAGCCUACGAGGACAACAUAGGCGAGCAAGAAGGACCUGAAACCACACCUUCUGCUGGGAGAGACAAAGAAGUGGACAGUGAUCAAUAUACAAGCUUUGAGAUUGAUUCUGAAAUCUGUUCUCCUGAUGACCUUGCCUUAGUACCAGCAUGCAAGGAGAACCCUGAGGACUGCCUCGACCCACCUUCCAUAGCCACUUACUUGAAUUCCAAGAGUCAGCUCUCUGUUAAAGUCAGUGUGAUUGGUACUGAGAACGUUGAUAUCCCUGAGGACAUAGAAGCCUUAAAACAGAAAAUCCAGAACUUGCAAAGUGAGCUGGAAGGCUACCGAAACUUCAUUGUCCAGCUACAGAAGCACUCUCAGUGCAGCAAGGCCAUUAUCACAGUUUUGUGUGGGACAGAAGGGGCCAAAGAAGGCUUAAACAAGUCUACAGGCCACAUUGAUGAAGAAGAAAUGACAUUUUCAAGUUUGCACCAAGUACGAUAUGUGAAGCACAUGAAAAUCCUCCAUUCCCUUACCCCAGAGAUGAUUGACGGCAGGAUAUUAGAGAGCUUCAAACAACAGUUGGUAGAACAAGAGCAGGAGCUACAGAAGGAGCAGGAUUUGAACUUGGAACUUUUCAGCGAAAUCCAUAAUCCGCAGAACAAGUUCCGAGACCUUUCUCCAUCAAGAUAUGAUUCAUUGGUUCAGUCCCAAGCCAGAGAGCUCUCCCUUCAGCGGCAGCAGAUUAAGGAUAGCCAUGACAUCUGUGUCAUUUACCGUCAACACAUGAGCAUCAUGAUCAAAGCAUUUGAGGAGCUUCUGCAGGCCAGUGAUGUGGACAGUUGUGUGGCUGAGGGCUUCCGGGAGCAGCUAACACAGUGUGCUGGACUGCUAGAGCAGCUGGAGAAGCUUUUUCUCCAUGGAAAAUCAGCUGGAGUAGAACCAUGUCCCCAGAGUGAAUUGCUACAGAAGUUAAGAACUGAGGAAGACAACUUUGCUUACCAACAUAUCCUGCCUGAAUCUCCUGAACCUUCUGCCUCUCAGUCACUGUCAGAUGAUAAAAUGUCUGAGAAGUCCUUCCUGUCCCGAGACCAGAAGCCAGACAGCGAGACAGUGGUGAGCCAUUUUCCUCAAGACUUACUAAUGGAACACAUACAGGAAAUUCGAACUUUGAGAAAACAUUUGGAAGAAUCUAUUAAAACAAAUGAGAAGCUCCGGAAACAGCUGGAACGACAUGGAUCUGAGGCUGACCAAGGUUCCACAAAUGUUUCUGCUUAUGGCUCAGAACUGCACAGCUCUCUGACAUCAGAGAUACAUUUCCUGAGGAAGCAGAACGAGGCCCUCAGUAUGAUGCUUGAGAAAGGGUCCAAAGAUAAACAGAAAGAGAAUGAAAAAUUACAGGAAUCCCUGUCCAGGAAGGUUGCAGGUCUUGAGCACCUUCAGCUAGAGUACGCCAGUGUAAGGGAAGAAAAUGAAAGGUUACAGAGAGACAUCAAUGAAAAGGAGAGACUCAACCAACAGCUGACUCAGGAGGUCUGCAGCACCCACCAGGAGCUGAGCAGGGUGCAGGAAGAAAUGAAAUCAAGGCAGCAGCUGCUCUCACAGAAGGACAAGCUGCUUCAUUCUCUCCAAGUAGAGCUGAAGGUGUAUGAGAAGCUGGAUGAGGAACAUGGGAAGCUACAGCGAGAAGCCCGAGGUGAGGCAUCUGGAGAAGGCUGGAUGGGGCUGGAUCCUUUCAGCAACCUGCAUGGCCUCCUGACCGAGAUGCAGGCUCUGCGCAAGCAGUUAGAAAAGAGCAUUCAGACUAACAGCACCCUGAGGAGCAAGCUGGAAGAGCAACUGUCACAGGGGUCAACAAAGGCCCAGGAAGGGGCCCUCACUCUGGCUCUUCAGGCCCUGUCUGUCACUGAGUGGUCACUUCAGCUGGACAAACAUGAUGGCAACAAAUGUCCAGAGGGCAGUGAUAAUUCAUUUGAUCUGUUUGAGUCCACUCAUGCAAUGGCUCCUAAAUCAGCCUCAUUGGACCUGAGCUAUUGGCAUGCAGGUGACAGCAUGGUUCAUCUUGGCAGUCUAGGGUCGACUUCUGAGACUCUUCUGCUUUCUGGAACUGAUGCUGACUCCCUCUCCUGUGACAGCAGUUCUACCCUGAGCCCCACUUGCAUGCCCUGCCUGGUUCCUGGCCACCAGGUGUGGGCCAGCAAGAGUGGCCACCAUAUACUGGGCCUGAUUGAGGACUAUGAUGCCCUUCAUAAGCAGAUCAGCCGGGGCCAGAAACUGCUUGCCAAGAUGGACAUUCAAACUCAAGAGGCUCUGAGCCCCAUACGUCAAAAGCUGGGGCCAAAGGAUUCACACUUUGUGCCUCUGAGCACAUUUCUCUCUAGCAUGAACAUAGCCAAGCUGAUCCUGGAAGAAGCCUCCAGGUUGCUGAAGCUCUUCUGGAGAGUCUCUGUUCCCACGGAUGGCCAGUGUUCACUUCACUGUGAGCAGAUUGAAGAAAUGAAGGCAGAGAUCACCACAUUACACAAAAAACUGUUUGAACAAGAAAAGAAGCUGCAGAAUACAGCAAAACUUCUGCAGCAGAGCAAACACCAGGAGAAAGUCAUCUUUGAUCAGUUGAUCAUCACCCACCAAGUCCUUCGGAAGGCCAGGGGAAACCUGGAGCUCAGACCUAGGGCGGCUGCCCAUCCAGAAACUUCCAGUCCCAGCAGACCGGGCUUGUGAGGAGAGCUUUCAGCUAAUAAAGCUUGUGGUCCUGA